AUGAAACUUCACUGCUCUAAAAUAUUAUUAUUUUUACUUCCAUUAAAUAUAUUAGUAACAUCAUUAUCAAAUGUGCAUAGUAAAAAUAAACCAUACAUCACAUCACGUCAUACAGCAACUACUAUAUCGCGAGUGUUAAGCGAAUGUGACAUCCGAUCGUCAAUUUAUGAUAAUGAUGAGGAUAUCAAAUCAGUGAAGGAAUGUUUUGAUCGACAAACAUCACAACGAUUUGAAGAAUACGAAGAACGUAUUCAAGAAAAACGCCAAAAACGUAAAGAAGAACGGGACAAAAAUAUAAAAAAAAUAAUUGAAAAAGAUAAAAUGGACAAAUCAUUAGCAGAAAAAGUAGAAAAAGGUUGUCUUAGGUGUGGGUGUGCGUUAGGAGGUGUUGCAGCAAGUGUUGGAUUAUUCGGGGGAUUAGGUAUCUAUGGUUGGAAAACCGCCGCGUUGGCAACAGCUAUAGCUGAAGGUGCUGCUAAGGGUGCUGUGGCAGCUGAAGCUGCACGUAUUGCGGAAGGUAUUAAAGCAGUCAUUAAAGGAAUAGAAACCAAAUUUGGUGUAUCAACUGAUGGUCUUCAGGGAUUCAAAUCAUUUUUUACUGCAAAUACUUAUAAUAAUGUCAAAAACAUUGCUCGUGCUAUAAAUAAUCAAUAUGAGCCAUCGUCAUGUCCAAUAACUGUCCCAGUCGAUUCCAAACCUAUUUGCACUUGGGUGAGGGCAAAUUUUUUUGCUGCAAAGGAUAGUCCAGGGAAUUUUACUUCAACGUAUGAAGUUGUAGAAACAGCUGUAACAUCUAUCGUCUCAGAUGCCGAACCUGUUGCUACAGCAGCUGCACAACAAGCUACUGAAGAAGCUAUAAAAGCUAGCACUGAUGCAGUAGAAUCUGCAUAUGCUGCUUGUCAGACUGCUAUAAUUGCUUCUGUUGUAGCAAUAUUGGUAAUAGUUUUAGUUAUGAUAAUUAUUUAUUUAGUUUUACGUUAUCGACGAAAAAAAAAAAUGAAGAAAAAAGCCCAAUACACAAAAUUAUUAAAUGAAUAA